AUGAGUUCCGGAAGACGCCAGAGCAGUGCCGCCGCCGCCGCUCCCCCCUCUGCUCGCCAGAAGAAACGACUCAUCGUCUGCUGCGAUGGAACCUGGAUGAACUCGGACAAAGGUUGGGAAAAGGGCAAGCCGCAGCCCCCAUCCAACGUUACUCGUCUAGCCCGGUCCUUCAACCGUGGUUGCUCGGAUGGCUCGGUUCAGGUCAUCAACUACCAAUCUGGCGUUGGGACCGGAAGCACCAUGGCGGACGCCUUCUCUGGCGGCGCCUUUGGCAACGGUGUAGCAGAGCACAUACGCGAGAGCUAUGCAUUCAUAUGCGGCAACUACGUCGACGGCGACGAAAUCAUCCUCAUCGGCUUCUCUCGUGGCGCCUUCACCGCUCGAAGCAUCGCCGGCAUCAUUGGAAGUCUUGGCCUCCUCACUCGCGAAGGCAUGGAAUUCUUCUACCCUAUCUUCAAAGACAUGCAGAACUGGCAAACCAAGAACUACAAGGAUCCUUACCCAGGUGUUCCUUUUGAAAACAAGCCCAGGGGUGAAAACGCGGCCGAGGACUACCGGCGCGUGCUCAUCGAGAAGGGUCUCACGCGGGUCUUCGAAGGCGGUGGCUCCGGCAAACUCAUCACCAUCAAGGCAGUCGCAGUCUUUGAUACCGUGGGCAGUCUUGGAGUCCCCUCGAUCGCGUGGAUGAAAAAGCUCGGCAUCGACCACACGACCUCGGAGCUUCGCUUCUACGACACGAAAUUGUCGGACCGCAUCCAGAAUGCCUUCCAGGCUUUGGCCCUGGACGAGCCACGACCGCCCUUCAGCCCUUCGAUCUGGGAGCGUCCUGCUUCCAACAAGGGUGUCACCAAUCUGAAGCAGGUCUGGUUUCCUGGAAACCAUGGCAACGUCGGUGGUGGCUGGCCUGACCAGGGCAUCGCCAACAUGACCAUGGCUUGGAUGAUGGAUCAACUCGUCAGUAUGGGCGUCGAGUUUGACAGCGGCUCCCUCCGUCGGGCCCUAGCAGACACGGAGAGAUAUUACCGCGACCAUCCCUCAGCAGCUGCACUUCCAACCAAAGAAGCCCCAAAAGCAAAGGGAAAGCCCCCGAAAAUCAUCGCAAUGGCCACUAGAGUCGUACCAGACAGCCUGAAGGCAUCCGCCGCAAAAGUCUCAAAGGUGACCCCCCCAACAUUUUACAAGUGGGCCGUUGACCCCAUCCUCGAAGGUAAUCACCCCUUGCGGCCAUGGAGCACGGGUGCUAUCCUCAGAGCUCACAGUCCAAUGUACACUCUUGCGGGUACCAUCACCCGCUCUCCUGGCAUGUACCACAAGCUCAACUCGUACAACGGAAAAGAGUUGCCCGAGUAUCUAGAGGAUACAGGCGAGCAGGUUCACCCUUCCGUGCGAAUCCGCCUCGCAAUCAAAGGCUUGGGCUACGAUGACAAGAAACAAUGGAAUGCAGCCGCGCUCACCAACGCCGACUGGGAGCUUGCGAAGAAGACGGAUGGAAGUUGGGUUUGGGUAUACGAGGGCAAGGAGGACCUCCCAAAGAAGAUCCUCGAGGAGUCAGAGCUGGGUAAUUACGAAAAGAAGAUGUUGGACCUGGCGGGCGGAUUUCCGGACAUUCUAGAGUUUGUCGACAACAUGACCCUGGAGGAAUUUCAAGACAUCACGAGGAGGAAGACCUCUGUGAUUCCAGUGCCGGUAGAGCCAUCAAACACCUCAUGA